AUGAUAUUUAUCUUUGCUUGUAGGGUAAUGAAAAGUCGAUAUGCCAAAUUUUUGGGUCUAUUUGCCAUUGUCUAUAUUGCUUUACAUUUAUGUGUAACAGUGCUAAACAAUGGUACGGUUGAAGAUCGUCGUCAGAUUACAAACCCCAAAGAAUCUGAUGGGCCGUUGAUAAUGAGAGAUUUACCAAAAUCCGAAGGAAAUGCUUUAAAAGCAAAGGUUCAGAAGAUUUAUAAGACGGAUACUGAUUUUCUGUAUAUUACACUGAUCAAUAAAGCGUACGUAAAUCUAACAUGCAAUUGGCUUUGCAAUGUGGAACAGUUUAAAAGCAAUGUUAUUGGCAAAACACUGAUUAUUAGCUUAGAUUCGGAAGUUUGUGAUACAAUCCAUAAGCAGUGGCCAAAUGUGAACUGCCUGGUUUUCAACAUAACCGACGAAUACAAUCAGCCACUUAAUUGGGGCCAUCAAGAUUAUAUCAAUAUACUGACUUUACGAAUCCAAAUCAUGCGCAUAAUUAUGAACACCACUUUUGUCCUUUUCGAAACUGAUGCCGCUUGGUUAAAAGAUCCCUCAGAAUUCUUUAAAAAUCAAACAUUGGUUGACGAUGCCGAUAUCAUUGUUCCACGAAAAGGUUAUACAGAUAAAGGUCAAACAUAUACUUUUGAUCCAAUGAUUGUCUAUCCAAACCAGGGUUCAAAAUCGUUGAUAAAAGCAAUGGAAACUCGGCUGAUUGCUGAUCCCAAACUCUAUGAUCAGGAUUUACUUGAUGAGCUGUGUCGAACACAGUACAAUGGUGUUGUAUGUCGACAGUUCGACUGGAACGAUGUUGCAGAUGGCAAGUGGUUUAAACUUGCGGAAUCUGAACGCCGUAACAUACAUCCGUACAUUGUGAACAACAACUACUACAUCGGUGUGACCAACAAAGCUAGUCGUCAAGCUCUCAAUGGGCUCUGGUUCUUGUCGCCAAAGGGAUACUGUGUGAAAACGAAAGUUGAAACCAUGUUCCGUAAGUAUUCGACAAGUGACGAAAAAAACGUACAAAAGAAGAGCAACAAAAAAAAUCGGCAAAAAAGAAAAAACGUCAAAGCAAACAGCUAA